AUGGCUUAUUCGAAUUCAAGUUCUGCAGAGGUGAUAGAGAAGUAUGCUGAAGCAACAUCUGAGCAGGUUGUGGACAUUGGGAAGAAGUUGGCAGAAAGUCUAGGGGUGGCCAACACUGAUUUCCACAAGGGAUGGCCUUGCCAAUUCAUGACGAACAAAUACAACUUCUCUCCUGCAUCAAUGGGGUCCCUUGGUCUACAAGAACACACAGAUUCUGGAUUUCUAACAAUUCUUCAAAAAGAUGAAGAUGUUGGUGGUCUGGAAGUGGUUUGGAGCAAUGGGAGGUUGCACAAUGUGAGGCAUAGAGUAAAAUGCUCGGAGGCUAGUAUUCGAGUUUCGAUCACCACAUUUCUCAGCGGACCAAAAGAGGAAGCGAUAGAAGCUCCGCUGGAACUGGUAGAUUCGGACCACCCUCGUCUCUACGUCCCUUUUGUUUACGACAAUUAUAGAGUUAGCAAGUUCAAAUUGCUCGAAAAAUUACAGGCUGAUAAAGCCCUUGCACUCUUACGCAUCCCUUCCUAA